AUGGAGAAGACCUACUCAUUGACAGCCCACUACGACGAGUUUCAGGAGGUGAAGUAUGUGAGCAAGUACCAGAGUGGCACCCUGCCCAACGGCUUCGCCCUCCAGUUGGGCACCAGGGCCAAGAAACGCCGCGGGGGGCUGCCGCGCUGGAGCCGCCGGGAGGUCUGUCUGCUCUCAGGGCUGGUGUUUGCCGCAGGGCUCUGCAUCAUCUUGACGUGCAUGUUGGUCCUCAAGUACCUGGCGGCCGAAGGGGACAGCUACUGCCUGGAGGGGUGCCAGGAGAAGAAGGCUUUCCUGCGGGCGUCCCGCUUCCUCAGCGCCAACAUGGAUGCCACCAUCGACCCCUGCCAGGACUUCUACUCCUUUGCCUGUUGUGGCUGCUGGCUCCGGCGACAUGGCAUUCCUGAGGACAAGCUGGUAUACGGCACCAUCGGGGCCAUCGCCGAGCAGAAUGAGGCCAAGCUGCGGGCGCUGCUGAGCCGCCCCGUGCGGCGCCGAGCCCCCGCCUCAGCCGAGAGAAAGGUCAAGGAGUUUUUCCGCUCAUGCCUGGACCGGGCUGAGAUUGACCGGCUGGGCCCGCGGCCCAUGCUGGAGGUCAUCGGGGAGUGUGGCGGCUGGGAUGCCCCCCCAGGCCGUGGGGACCUCAACGAGCUGCUCUACAAGACGCAGGGGGUCUACAGCGCUGCCGUGCUCUUCUCCCUCACCGUCAGCCUGGACGAGAGGAACACCUCCCGCUACGUCAUCCGGAUCGACCAGGAUGGGCUGACGCUGCCCGAACGGACCCUCUACCUGGGGCAGGACGAGGAGAGCGAGAAGAUCCUGGCCGCGUACCGGGUGUUCAUGGAGAGGCUGCUCACCCUCCUGGGGGCUGAGCAUGUGGAGCAGAAGGCCCAGGAGAUCCUGCAGCUGGAGCAGCAUCUUGCCAACAUCACGGUGUCCGAGUAUGAUGAUGUGCGGAGGGACGUCAGCAGCAUGUACCACAAAGUGACCCUGGGCGAGCUGCAGCGCAUCACCCCUACAUUCAAGUGGAAGCGCUUGCUGGACCGCAUCUUCCACGACAACUUCUCGGAGGAGGAGGAGGUGGUGCUGCUGGCCACUGACUACAUGCACAAGGUGUCUGACCUCAUCCGUGUGACGCCCAGCAGGAUCCUUCACAACUACAUGCUGUGGCGCAUUGUGGUGGUCCUGAGCGAGCACCUCUCCACCCCAUUCCGUGACGCCAUCCACGAGCUUUCCAAGGAGAUGGAGGGCAAUGAGAAGCAGCUCGAGCUGGGCAAGAUCUGCCUGAGCCAGGCCAACAAGCACUUCGGCAUGGCCCUGGGCGCCCUCUUCGUUGAGGAGCACUUCUCCUCCACCAGCAAAGCCAAGGUGCAGCAGCUAGUGGAGGACAUCAAAUACAUCCUGGACCAGCGCCUGGACGAGCUGGACUGGAUGGACGAGGAGACGCGGAGAGCGGCCAGGGCCAAGCUCCGGUACAUGAUGGUGAUGAUCGGGUACCCCGACUUCCUGCUGAAGCCGGAGGCCAUUGACAAGGAGUAUGAGUUUGAGGUGGACGAGAAGACCUACUUCAAGAACAUCCUCAACAGCAUUGCCUUCGGCAUCAGGCUCUCAGUGAAGAAGAUCCGGCAGGAGGUGGACAAGUCUGCGUGGCUGCUGCCUCCCCAGGCGCUGAACGCCUACUACCUGCCCAACAAGAAUCAGAUGGUGUUCCCCGCUGGCAUCCUGCAGCCUACCCUCUACGACCCUGAGUUCCCGCAGUCUCUGAACUAUGGCGGGAUCGGCACCAUCAUCGGGCACGAGCUGACCCACGGCUACGAUGACUGGGGGGGACAGUACGACCGACACGGGAACCUGGUGCAUUGGUGGACAGAGCGGUCGUACAGCAAGUUCCUGAAGAAGGCGCAGUGUAUCGUCAACCUCUACGACAACUUCACCGAUGAGAGAGUGAAUGGCAAACACACGCUGGGGGAGAACAUCGCUGACAUGGGGGGGCUCAAACUCGCCUACUACGCCUACCAGAAGUGGGUGCGGGAGCACGGACCCGAGCACCCCCUGCACCACCUGAAAUACACCCACGACCAGCUCUUCUUCAUCGCCUUCGCCCAGAACUGGUGCAUCAAGCGGCGAUCCCAGUCCAUCUACCUGCAGGUGCUGACAGACAAGCAUGCCCCAGAGCACUACAGGGUCCUGGGCAGUGUCUCGCAGUUCGAGGAGUUCGGACGGGUUUUCCACUGCCCCAAGAACUCGCCCAUGAACCCAGCGCACAAGUGCUCAGUGUGGUGA